CCACAGCUGUGUGGCUGCUGCUGGUUCAUUGUCAGAGACCCAAGUUAACGGAAGUUAUGGCAGACGCACGGACAAACUCUUUCGAAACAUCUUCGAUGUGUAUUUUAACCGUUCGGUUACAGCUGCCUUCAGUAGAUCUUCAGGACUGUUAGCUGCUGUAGAGGAGGCGCGUGAACACUUCAGAAGCUCUCUGUGUUUCUUACUGGCCGUGUUUUUCCCGGUGUCCUACAAUGCUCAGUGAGCAAACUUUAGUUUGCAAGAGUCUGAUUUGAUCCAGUCUCUCAUCUAAUUGGGUUAACCAGCCUCUCUUCACAUUUUGGUCCAACACAAACACUUCAUUCAGUUGCUAUGGUGUCCAGACCUGGAGACCUUCCAGCCUUGGAAGCAGGUCCUGGCGUCACAGAGGGUCUCCUCGGAGGGAUGUCCAUCCCCAUUGGGAUGACCCGCCGAGCUCUCAGCUAUGACGAUAACCUAGAGAGGCCUAUGUCUUCACCUCCAACUGACAUUAAUAUUAACAACCUGUGGAGGAAACCUGUUAUCCCUGAGAGGAAGUUUGCACGACUGGCCGAGGAGGAUGAGUCAGAUGGAGGGGUGAAACAAAGUGUGAACUUUGAAUCCUCUAAAGCUCCGGUCCCUGUAGUCAAAGCCAAAGCCUCGUCUGUCAUGAACUCUCUCAUCAUCAAGCAGACCCAGGAGAGCAUACUUAAGUUUGAGAAGCAGGCUGGACUGACAGAUACGGGCUACACUCCACACAAAGGCCUGACUGCUGAAGAGGCCCGUUACCAUCGUCUGGCUGAGUCAAUGCAUAAACUUCAAAUGCAAAGUGUGGAUGCCAAGGAAGAGAAACAGCCCUCCUCUAGUCAGUCAACGCCCUCCGGGACCCCUCAGUCAUCACCUAAACAGAAACGCAGGGGCUGGUUCAACAGUCAGGGAUCCACUGCCUCCCUUACAGGCUCUGAAAUGAGCACCAGCUCCAGUGUAGACUCUGCUGCAGGUGAUGGAGCUGUAGAGCGCUGGAGUGCUUUUGGACCUCGACCUCAAGUCAAUAAGUCCACCACUGAUCCAGGGGGUUUUGCUCUGCAGUCCUAUAAGGGAGCUCAGAAACCAACCCCAAUGGAAGUGAUGAAGGCCCAGGCCACCCGCCUGUCCGAGGACCCCUCCAACUUCAAACCUCCCCCUAAGAUGGAGAUCCCCACCAUGGAGGGGAAGACACAGACGACCCGACCUCACAAACUUAAACGCCGGGACAUGAACGUGCUUACGCCCUCAGGAUUCUGAGAAGAACUCCUAAUCACCACCUCAGCUUGUACACAUUGUGAACCUGUAGCUGGUCUACCCUCUGAAUCAUCUGUGCUAUCUUGCUGAUGGGUUACUGCAGUAUUAAAUGCUUUUUCCCCCAUCCAAGAGGAUACGAUGCCCGCAUUCUCUAUAGUACCAUUUUCUUAGUGUCUAAUAAGUGUUAGUCCCCAAAUGACAUAUUGUUUGUGUGUGUAUGAUCGGACACUUUUGUUGUCAGCCACUUCUUUUCCGUUUAAUUUAUCGUUAAAAGUGUCACUUAAAUUUAGGAUGUGAGAGAGUGUGUGUGCCUUGAUGUUUUUGUGUCUUGUGGUGUGAUUAUUAGUUUACUUGCACGUUAACGCUGACUAUGAUCAAAUACUGAUGCACAUCAUGAACUUGUUAACAAAUACAUUUCUGCCAUAUUCAUUAAUGAUAUUGUGGUUUCCUGUGUAUCAUCAGUACACAAUGGGUUCAGUGAUAACUUAAUUCUUUAAGUCUUAGCUGUUGUGUAUUAUGAAGUUUAAAGCAUUGCUUUGAUGCGAUCAUGUUGAGGAUGGUCUAACGAGGGCACUAAAUUGACUGAAGGCUGAAUUUUUUGGCUAAAAACUUUAUUAAAAGUGGCUGCUCUGCACAGAGGAUUUGUUACAAGUAAAAAAAAAUUGUUUAAAUUAUUUCGAAAGAUUAAAUGCAUUUACUGUGAUCUUGUUGGAUCUGCAAAAACAUGAAUAAAUAAAUACAAAUAA